UGAGUUUGAUCCCUGAUACAAAAAAAAAAGCCUUGUUCUGCUGGCUCCAGGUUGGCCCCAGGCUUCUGGGUCAGGCCUUCCUCCUGCCUCCACUUUGCAAGCUGAGGCAUAUGAUUAAUCCCAGAUGGACUUUUAAGCCAACAAAAGUCUCACAAAUCAAACCUGUAUCAUAACUUCUUAAGACACAUUUGUAGAGAUUUUUUUCCACCUAAGAGAUGGCAGUUUACCAUCAAGCUGAGAACAUAAACAGAAAGUCUUUGUGAUUUUGCUGCUGGGAAACCUUCAGUGGGCCCUGUAAACACUGCCCCCUCGCUGCCCCCUUGGCCACCCUCCCUCCACGAGGGCCGUGGGUCUCUUCCGCUUUAACAGCUACCUUGAAUCAACGAGCUGCGUCUCCUGGGCAUUUUCAUCUGUAUGGCAGCUGCUUCUCUUUGCACAGUCCCGCCUGGACUGUGCACUGUAAUCGCCUUUAAGGAUCGAGAUGGGCUCUGUCUGGCUCACAGGUGCUCCCUCAUUCUGCUACACACAGUAGGUGCACUCUUGUGUUGGUUGCAUGAACCCUGCCUCUUCGUUGGAUGUCAGCUAACAAAGUCCCCGGACCAUCUGGGGCCAAUAUGAUCUACUACCUGGUAGUGGGAGUCACCGUCAGCGCCGGUGGAUAUUAUACAUACAAGGCAGUCACAUCAGAGCAAGCCAAGCACACAGAACAUGUGACGCAUUUUAAAGAAAAAACAAAAGCGGAGUUACAGCCACUUCAAGGUGACGGCGGCGGCGCUGCGGGCCCGGAGCUGCCGGGGCUCCCGGAGGUCCCCGAGGUCCGCGGCGAGGAGGCCGCGGCGGGCGCUGCUGCAGACCCGGGUGCUGCGGCCGGGCUUCCCGAAGCGGCUCCGGCCCCGCCCGACGGAGAGGAGGCUGCCGCGGCGGAGACCGAGCCAGGGGACGCCGAGGCGGCGACCGGCGAGACCGCGGGGGGCCGCCCGGAACCCAGCCCGGAGGCCCCAGACGCCGCCCCGGGCCCGCAGGGCGCCGCGCAGAGCCCGGGCUGCGCCGAGCCGGGAGAACCCGCCGGGGGCCCCGAAGCCCCUGCCGGGCCGGAGCCACAACCGGAGGCUGAGCUGGGUGCAGGGCCCGAGGCCGCCCCCGCUCAGGGCUGAGCUCCUGCCAGUUGAGUGAAUGUGCCAGGGGCUGUCUGAUAGCUGCUUUGGUAUUUUUAGUGACCUUAGUUUUUAAAAACUUCUUUCUAGAAAACUUCAAUGUUAAAAAAAAAAAAAAAGAAAGAAAGAAAAAAGAAAACUUCAAUGUCCUCAGUAUGCACGAAUUGGUUUUUGGAUUGAGAGAUUUGAGAAUUUUACAUGUUUUAAUUUUCUACUUGCUAAAUUCAGACUCUGAUGUUGCUUUACGGAGUUCAAAUAAUUUUACCCUUGAAUUGAGAUUGUCGUCGGAAUGAUUUUUUUCACCUGUAUGUACUUUAAUUUUGCAUAGUCUCUAUUGUAUGUAGAUCUAGAUUACUGAGUUUGACCUCAACUCACUAAAUAAAGUUAGGAAAUCAUUAGUA